UGCCAAUAAUUUUGUUUUCAGUGCAUCGGACCUUCCUGAUGAAUAAAAAAAAGGCUUGUUGGGUUUGAAAUUGUCAAUAGCCCAAUCCAAACUGUUUACCAUUCUCUAGCCCAUUCCUCAUUCGGCGCGUCCUAACGGAGGAGAAAAUAAAGCACUCGUUCAAAGGCGCGAAUUUUCGAAGUUUCUUCUACAUUUGCAUCCUCAAAUCCUCAUCACUGUACAGUGUGUUGUAUCUUUUUGUAAGAUCUCACAGCUACUGAGAUUAGUCGAUGACACAAAUUUCUUCCAAAUGGGGAAAAUGUUAACUGGACGUGAAAGCUUGAUCCGAUUGGUUGGUAAAAGAAGGCGAUUCCUUCCUAAUCGUCAAUCUUUGCUUUACAUUCCCGUUCAGGAUGAGAAGAGAUUUUCUGAGAAUAAAAUGGAGGAAGAUGAGAAAAGUCUGCUUAAGAUGUCUACUAAAGAUUGGGUAGCUUGCCCUGUUUGUGGGAGUAGAGUGCGUGGUGAAGACUGCGUGAUUAAUUCUCAUUUGGAUGCGUGCCUGUUGAGUGGGAAGAAACGAAAACGAAAAUUGACCCAACGCACCCUUCUCCAGUUGGACUUCUGCUCACAUACGAGCAGUGUUGUACAGAAUACUGUAAUUGACCUGAAGAAUUCUGUUGCUGCUCAAGAAAAUGACAGCAAUCCUUGUCAAUUAUCAUCAAGUACAGAGCCUAUUGUUGUCAAAGCUGGUCUAGCUUGUUCAGUUGGGAAGCCUAUUGAUGAAGAUAGAAUUAGCUGUCAAGUUGAUCCCUCUUCAUUGCUCCUGAAAGAUGAGGUGCCCACAUGUGAUCCAAUCACAACUUUAGAUGACAUAUCAGAAGUGCUUCUUGAAACUUACAUUGUUGGUCGUAGGUUUAGUGUUGAGAAGGACUUAAAUCUCGGGGCAAGGAUAUCUCUUUUGAGAGACCCAGAUAAUCCUAAGGAUCCAAAUGCUAUCAAGGUUCUUUUGGCAGAUUCCACACACCCUAAAGUGCUUGGUUUUCUUCCUCGAGAAUUAGCUGAACAUUUAUCUCCUUUAAUUGAGAAGUAUUCUCUAACAUUCAAGGGACAUGUGACUUCUGUUCCAAAACUUUCACUUGAUGUUGUUCCAAUCCAAAUCGUGUGUUGUGAAGUCAUAUCACAUGGUGAUAGAGACCGUCAUGAAAUUGAGGAUUUCACACAUUUAUGGAAAAAUCUUCUUCAUGUAGUUGAAUCUGCAAAGAAUUAUGCAAGUAGCACAAUAAAAUAUCAGCAUAACUUUUGUUUGUUAUUGCAAGAAGUUUUGAGAAGCAAUACUCACCUUUUCACUGAUGAUGAGAAAAAUUACAUGGAAUCAUUUCUUUCUCUUCCAGAUGACAGUCAGAGGCUUUUUGUUCGGCUUUAUACACGGAAAGGACCAUGGUUCCGGGUGGGCUACGUAUCUCAUAUCCAGAAGUGGACGGAUUCUAAUAGGCAGGCAAAUCAAGGGGACUGUUCUGGGUUCAUAUUGUUUCUAAUUGAAGAUGCAAAAAGAACUGACAAAAGAACGUCAAAUGGAAGAGAUUUUGAUUCUGACUGUUUGUACUGUCAACUACAAAAGAAUCAAAUGGAAGAGAUUUUGAAUUUGCUGACUGUUUCUGAGCUGCGUGAAAUUACAUCCAUAUUUAAGAAGAAUGGCACCCAUGGUACAAGAAAGCAGGAUCUUAUUGCAUCUCUUUUAUCCCCCUAUGAAGAUAGAAUAUGCUUAUUCCUGGAAAAUUUAAUUUUUGAUAGAACUGGACUGUGUAUCAAGAUAUCUUCAAAAGCUGAAUCACUUUUCUGGCGUGCUGAGAGACUUUUCUUCCUGAAUGGAGAACAGAAUCUAUCAUCAUUUCUACUAGUUGAUUUGGGGGUCGUCAAGUAUCCAUCUUACAGCUGCAUUAUCUCUGAACAGAUUUUCUCAACCCGAAGUAACCUGCUAGCUUAUGAAGAGGCAAUUGAAGUGGCACAAAUAAUGGAUGAGUCUCUUGAGCAAAACGACAAUGAAUUGGUCUUAACAUGCAUAAGGAUAGCUGACUCCCGUAUGUCCAACCAUACUGUAAAAGCAACACAGUCCAUGUCCUCUGAAUCAGCAGCUAUAUUUCUUUCAUAUUUUUCAGCAUCAUGGGUAUACUCAAAAGUGGUCUUGCUAGGAAUCUCCUUUCUUGAGUCUGAGCGUAGGUACAAGGAUGCAGUAAAGUUGCUAGAGGAAUUGCUUGCUUGCUUUCCUUGUGAUGGAAGGCGAGGUUAUUGGACACUAAGAUUGUCCAUUGAUCUGGAGCACAUGGGCUGUUGCAAUGAGAGCCUUUCAGUUGCUGAACAUGGUUUAUUGGAUCAAUGGGUACGUGCUGGCUCAAGGAUGGCAUUGCAGAAGCGAGUUCUUCGCCUGGGAAAACCUCCAAGGCGCUGGAGACUUCCUAGCUUCUCAGAUUCUGUUAGGAGGAAGGUUAAGGAGGUUCAUAUUCAGGGGAGACCAUUGAAUUGUGAAAUCGGCAAGAAGAGCAGGUUCUACGGAGAAGAUGGGGAACAGUGUGGAGUCGAGCAGCUUGCUUUGCAAUAUUAUGCUGGUGAAGGAGGUGGAUGGCAUGGUGUUCAUGCUGAGAGUGGCAUUUGGUUGACAAUUUUUGCCCUUCUUAUGUGGGACAUUAUAUUUUCCGAUGUACCGAAUGUCUUCCGGAACAGAUUUCAGACUGCUCCCUUGGAUUUGGAGACUGAUGGCUUCUAUCCAGUGAGAAAGACCCUUAUAGAAUCUCACUUGCAGAAAAUCCAAGGUGGUAUGGCUGAGGAGAUCAUCAUUACAUCGUGGGAAUUGCAUUCAGGAACAGCUUGUAAGGGAGUUAACUGGAACCGACAUUCUCUCUCUGAACUCAGGGCUGCCGUUACCUGCAUUGGGGGCCCUUGUUUGGCCUCACUCUGUCUCCAUCUUGCCCAAGAUUAUCGAAGUUGGUCCAGUGGAAUGCCUGAUUUGUUGCUAUGGCGCUUCAAUGGAGAAUACAAAGGUGAAGCCAAGCUUGUUGAAGUCAAAGGCCCCAAGGAUCGUCUAUCUGAACAGCAGCAUGCAUGGCUAUUGCUAUUAAUGGAUUGUGGAUUCAACACAGAAGUUUGUAAAGUAAGCCCUUUGCCAUAGGUCUCAAGACAUCAUAUUGCUACAUCUGUAUAGAAUUUAAUGCUUCACGGAAAUUUACGCGAGCAAUUGGAUUGAAGAUCAUUCAGAAAUGGUUUUAAUUUGGUGUUUUUACUCCACUUCUGCGAUUAAACUCACCAUUAGAUAGAUGAUUGAUCUCGAGCGUGAAACUCCCUUUUGGGAUAUUCCCUAACAGGGAUUCAAAAAGGAGUUUUCCCUUGACUGCACAUAUGCAGAAAGAGGGUCAUGCUUUGUAUUUUUAUGUAGAUAGGCUUGAUUUCUUCGGACUCCAGUCUGUAGCCAAUAUUGCAAAGAAUCCUAAACAUUCACCUUUCAAUUUUAAAGGAAGGUAAGCAUUAAAAGGAGCCCCAUGAUAGCAAUUUAAAAUGCCAGUCUUCAUGUAAAGGGUUGGAUCAUGAAGUGCCAUUUAGCUCGGACUUGAUUCUUGCAGGUAAA